AUGCGAUUUUUACGUCCAUCACCUUUAAACAAGACGUCCUCCACCCGCAGUAAACUCUUUGUCCUGUGCGUCACUCUAGCGGUCAGUGCACUGCUCGUCUUUUUGUUCUUCUAUCCUAUCUUGAGAGGCUACUCGGGCCGUUCGGUUUACUUACUACAAUUUUGUCUCGCCAUUGGUUUACUCGAAAAGAGCUGGUGGAAUUACCGUAUUCGGCAACGGUUCCUCGUACUUUUUGAAGCAUCUGUGGCAGUGCUGUUCGUUGAAGCAGAAUUUGAUAACUUACAACAUGAUCCAAGCGAGUAUGACCUUGAUAUUCAUGGCAGAAUCGAGCCCAGCGCGUAUGCAGUAACCACGUUCACCAAAAGGUACAUAAAAAGCGUGCGCUGCGCGGUAGUGGUACUAACUCUGCUUACAUCGUCCACUAUCGCUGCUGCUGGUAUUACCAUUGUUUUGUAUUCCGAAGACGUAGUCGUAGUGUGUGCUGCUGUUGGCUGCUUUGCUGGCGUGUUGUGCGCAUGCUUCGCACCGACACCCGGUGAUGGUGUUGCCAUUAUGGUGCAUGAGGGAGCGCUUACUGUGACGGCUAUGAACACUAUGAUUGUUCAAUAUACGGGAUCGAAGAUGCAAAUGGCAAUUUUAGACUACUUGUUUGUGGCGUUGGCUGGCUGGGUUGUCAUCGUUAUCUCGCGUAUCGUUGUAUCAAAGAAGCAACUAGAGUGUUUUCUCAUGGUAGCGCUAGAUACUGUCGCAUUAGCUCACGUGACGAUUGUCAUGAUGGAAAUUGUGGAAAUUGUCGAUCAUCCGCGUGCAAACACAUUUUCUCGAGAAUUUUCAGCCUAUUUUGUAACGAUCGCUUGUGCUGAGCUGGGCCAUUAUCUUUUUGACGCUGUGACGACAGAGUGGCUCCCCACCAAUUUCCAUCGCUGGAGACUCAAGUCUCAACGGCUCUAUGAAGCGACUGACUUGGUCGUAUCGGUAAUUUUUGGCGCUGCUGGUAUGUUGAUCUGGAUGAAAGGGGUAUUUAAUAUGAAUCUAAGUCCGUUGGAUAGUGCUGCUUUACUCGGUGCUACGGCACUUUCGCAAUUAGGCCGUUCUCUCAUUACGCUGACGUAUGAUGCAGCGAUGGCACUCCCGUGGUAUCGAGCGAAGUUUACUAUCUGGAAUAACGGCAUCAUGGAGUUAAUGAAUCCGUUUCUGGUAGGGUGGAUCGUAUUUCAUCCAUACGCAAAGUCGAUCCUUGUAGACUGA